GUUGGAUAUUUUUUCUGUUCAGUAGACAGUGAGAAACCCGCGAGACCCUUAAUAAUUCGGUAGCUCGCGGGAUUUGAUUUUCAUUUUUCAAGAUAUAUAACGUCUCGCUCCGUCGUUUCCGUAGUAGCAAGAAAGAGGAGCGGGGUUCAUCUCCGUGACCUAAACAGUUGUAAUGAGAUGGCAGCUUCACAUCAUGUCGAAAUUGAGGCAGCAAAGUUUCUACAAAAACUUAUUCACGAGUCAAAAGACGAGCCUGCAAAACUGGCAACAAAACUUUACGUGAUAUGCCAGCACAUGAAGAUGAGUGGGAAGGAACAGUCCUUGCCAUAUCAAGUAAUAUCAAGGGCCAUGGAAACUGUAAUCAAUCAAAAUGGUAUUGAUAUUGAGGCGUUGAAGUCAUCACGUCUUCCUAUGACUGGUGGAACACAAAUGGGAGAUUCCGGAGUUUCAAGGUCAGCAGACAAGGAGAAGCUUGACAUUCAGCCAUCAGUAGGUCUGUCUUUGAGAGGUCCAUCUGUCAAUGCAUGGCAUGCUGGAUCAAGUAGUAAGAUAAAUGAUGAUGUUUAUGGGGGAUCGAGCCAGGGGAUAGGGGUUUUGAAAGAGUCUAAAGCAGUUUUUCCUGAGAAUGAGAUGGGGAGGCUUGAGACAGUUGUCCUGAACAGGCCACCUGCUGGGCCAAGCAGGUCUGAAAGUGUGGGACAUGAUGCUUAUCAUGGAUCUGUAUCCCAGAGAAGUGGUAAAUUAUUUGAUCAUGAAAGUCCAUCCAGUCUUGACACCAGAUCUGCAAACUCACAGGAAAGGCGUGAUAAAACAAAACCAGAUAACCAAGGACGUAAAAAAGAUACUAAAAAGGCUAGUGCUAAGAGAAAAAGAGCAGACUCAACCUCAGCCUUGGAAACACAUAAUGACAACCCUCAUCAACUAGAUAGUCCUAGCAUCAGAUUCAAUCCAAGGAAGGGGAAGCCGAUGAACAAGGGUGAUGCACAAGGCGGUUUUGCUCUUAAAGGAGGUGAACACAACCCUGUUCAGAGUAGUGGUCACGUAGAUUAUCUGUCUUCCUUAUCUGGUGGAUUGGGAUCAAUAUUUAAGACCAAGCAAGAAAAUCAGAGUUUAAUAGAGAGGCCAGGUGAUAAAACAAAAACCACAAAUUCAAUGUCUUGGGCUCCGACUCCAAAAUAUCCGGAAGAGGGAGAAGUCUCUUCUGCUCAUGGUGCCUUAGGACAACAGAAAGGUGGAAUGCAAUUGUCCAGGCAUGAAAUUCUCAGUUCUGGUGGCUGGAUUCAGAAUAAAGUGGCGUUCCAAUCAGAAAAUUCUCAAGGCUCUAGGUUUCCUCUUAAUAUUGUUUCAAGUGGUUCAACAGCCGAACAGUUAGCAGCGCAGUCUCCUGGAACAAGUAAAGAAGCUGGCCAAUCCUCUGAAGGAGCAAUACAUUGUAAGGCUGGAAGCUUUUGGCAGCAACAAAGUGCUCCUCAAUCAGCACAACAAAAGGGGGAGGAAUCUCUUGGUAAUGAUACUGAACUUGGGGGUCCUGGAAGGUCCCUUGGACCAGUAAAUAGUAACAUCUUACAUGGUAACCCUGCAAUCUUAGGUGGCAUUGGCAAUGUUCAUGGAGGCAUUUCUGGAGCUUUUGGUUCAUAUCCAAUGGUAAGGCCAGGUUUCUCUGCUCCAAUGCAAUAUAACAGUUCUCCUUUCAAUAGUCAUGAUUUGACUUCGAAGAUUCAUAAGGAGAGAAUUAUGGAGUCUUCAUCUGGAUCUCAGCUGCUGGAGAAGAACAAUGACAUGAUGGUUAAUGAUACGCCUGUGAAAUCUCCUGCAGUUGAGUUUUCUUCUACCAAAGUUGCUUUUCAUUCUGAACUUAGGAAACCUGGAUUCAUAAGGGAUGCAGUGCCAAGCAUUUCUGAGAAAGGUAUGGAUGCCCAAUUUUGUUCAUCUGGUCGUCAAGAAGAGGCGUUAUCUGGUGGAAGGGUCUUAGAGCAGGAUCGAGGCAUUUUAAAUUCUGCAGCCAAUUCCAGUAAGAUGGUUCAGGGUUGCGAGUCAAACAGUAACAUGGAAAUUAGUAUGGCCCAGGGUGGACCUUCUAGAGAUACAGGGAAAACUCCAAUGUCUCAGCUUCCUGUCUCGGGGAUGCCUUUCAAGGAACAACAUUUGAAACAACUCAGAGCCCAGUGCCUCGUUUUUCUAGCAUUCAGAAAUGGAAUGGUUCCAAGGAAACUGCAUCUCGAAAUUGCACUUGGAGAAAGCAAUCAAAAAGAAGGUAGCAGUGCUGAUGGAGCUUGUAGGGAACUGACAGACCAUAGAGGGAAAGAGUCAUACUUGAGGGAGCCAACUAACAGUAAUGGAGUAGGGAUUGGAUCUGGAAGAACAAAUGAUAUUAGAGAUGCUGAAAGAGUUCCUCCUGGGUCCUCAUCCACUGGAAGUCUAAUAGAUACUGACUCGUCAAAAGAGACAAAAAACAUUAAGAAGACAAAGAAACAAAAGGGUUCACCUGCUGACCAGUUGGUGCUUGCAGAAGAAGGCCAACGACUUUUGUCUGCAACAAGAAAACCUGAGGCUGAAAUGCAGACCCAAGAAACAGCAGAAUCACAGGAUGAUCCUGACCAUGGGCAUCAACAAGUGGGAAGGGCAAACCAAAUCUGGAGAGGAAUCAGCAAUCAUAAUGAGGCUCCUAGGGGAAUGAUGGAGGCUUCUAUGGUUCAGCAUGAACAAGUCUUAGAAAGAGCAGAAAAUCCCUUAAACCAGUCACAAACUUAUGGUGACAGCGAUAGAGUAAACAAAUUGUUCAAGGUGGAGGCUGCUUUUAUGCAAGCAAGUCAACAGACAGAUAAAUACCCAUCCUCUGUUCCAUUGGGAGAGCAGACUAGACUUUCAGGGAAAGGAGUUGAGCCUCACAUGCUGAUGUCUCUGAAGGAUGUUAAUCCAUUAACCAUGCAUGCGUUGCAGGGGGGAAAACAUAGCUCAAAACCGGAGCCUAUUGUUUUCAAUAGUUUUGCCGAUGUUUUUGUUGGUGCAAAUUGCGGUCCAGAAGAUCAAAGGGGAUCUGAGAUUCAGAAGCAAAGUGCUUCAGAUGGAUGCAAGAUGAUUUCCAUCAAUAGGGAUCCAAUUACUGUGCUGGAAAAAUCUCCGGAGGAAGAAGAGGAGGAAAAGUCAUCUACUGAGACACCACCUUCUCCGAAAUACACCACCUCAGAAAAGUGGAUUAUGGACUGGCAGAAAAGGAAGCUGCUUGGUGAAGAAAAUUGGGCCCUGAAACAGAAGAAGAUGGAGGAAAAAAUUACUGGUUCUUUUGAUAAAUUAAAGGAGACUGUGAGUUCCUCUGAAGAUAUUUCUGCCAAGACAAGAAGUGUUAUUGAACUCAAAAAGCUCCAGCUGCUUAGGCUUCAACGUCGAUUGCGGAGUGAUUUUCUGCAUGAUUUCUUCAAGCCUGUCACAUCUGACAUGGAUCGUUUGAAAGCAGUUAAGAAACAUAGGCAUGGAAGGCGAGUAAAACAGGUUGAAAAAUUCGAACAGAAAAUGAAGGAGGAGCGACAGAAGAGAAUUCGUGAGAGGCAGAAGGAGUUCUUUACUGAGAUAGAAGUUCACAAGGAGAGAAUGGAUGACUGGUUUAAAAUUAAGAGAGAGCGCUGGAAGGGUUUCAACAAGCAUGUAAAAGAGUUCCAUAAAAGGAAGGAGCGGAUACACCGUGAGAAGAUUGACAGAAUUCAGCGUGAAAAGAUUAACCUAUUAAAGAACAAUGAUGUGGAGGGGUACUUACGAAUGGUUCAGGAUGCCAAAUCGGAUCGUGUUAAGCAACUGCUCAAGGAGACUGAAAAAUAUCUUCAGAAGCUGGGUGCCAAAGUACAAGAGUCAAAGACCACGGCACGACGUUUUGAGAUGGAAAAGGAUGAGGGUAGAUCUGCAAAUGUUGUUGAGAACAAUGAGGUUGCUAUUGAGAAUGAAGAUGAGAGUGACCAGGCACAGCAUUAUCUGGAAAGCAAUGAAAAGUACUAUCUGAUGGCUCAUAGUAUAAAAGAGAACAUAACAGAGCAGCCAACUUGUCUUCAGGGUGGAAAACUGAGGGAGUACCAAAUGAAUGGUCUUCAGUGGUUGGUUUCAUUGUACAAUAAUCAUUUGAAUGGAAUUCUUGCUGACGAAAUGGGUCUUGGAAAGACUGUCCAGGUUAUUGCUCUGAUUUGUUACCUAAUGGAAACAAAAAAUGAUAGAGGACCUUUCCUAGUGGUAGUACCUUCCUCUGUGUUAUCAGGAUGGGAAUCAGAAAUUAGCAACUGGGCCCCUGGUAUAAACAAGAUUGCAUAUGCUGGACCUCCUGAGGAGCGGCGUCGGUUAUUCAAGGAAAGAAUUGUCCAUGGAAAAUUCAAUGUCCUUCUGACAACAUAUGAGUACUUGAUGAAUAAACAUGAUAGACCUAGACUAAGCAAAAUACAUUGGCAUUAUAUUGUAAUCGAUGAAGGUCAUCGCAUAAAGAAUGCUUCCUGCAAACUGAAUGCAGACUUGAAACUCUAUCAGAGCUCUCAUAGAUUGCUGUUGACUGGAACACCUCUACAGAAUAACCUUGAGGAAUUGUGGGCCCUACUCAACUUCUUGUUACCAAACAUUUUCAACUCAUCAGAGGAUUUUUCUCAAUGGUUCAACAAACCAUUUGAGAGUAGUGGUGAUAAUUCACCUGAUGAAGCUCUACUAUCUGAGGAGGAAAAUCUUUUGAUCAUAAAUCGACUUCAUCAAGUUCUUCGACCUUUUGUCCUUCGGAGGUUGAAACACAAGGUUGAGAAUGAAUUGCCCGAGAAGAUUGAACGACUAGUAAGAUGUGAGGCUUCGGCCUAUCAGAAGCUUUUAAUGAAGAGGGUUGAAGAAAAUCUUGGUUCCAUUGGAAGUUCAAAGGGCCGGUCGGUGCAUAACUCUGUUAUGGAGUUACGUAAUAUAUGCAAUCAUCCAUACAUCAGCCAACUUCAUGCAGAAGAGGUUGAUACUUUAAUACCAAAACAUUAUCUGCCUCCACUUGUAAGACUUUGUGGAAAGCUUGAAAUGUUAGAUAGGUUACUACCCAAGCUAAAAGCGACUGAUCAUAGGGUUCUAUUCUUUUCAACAAUGACAAGGCUGCUUGAUGUUAUGGAAGAUUAUCUCCACUGGAAACGUUACAGAUACCUUCGAUUGGACGGACAUACAUCAGGAAAUGAUCGUGGUGCUCUUAUUGAGGAAUUCAAUCGACCAGACUCUCCUGCUUUUAUAUUUUUGCUCAGCAUUCGGGCUGGAGGUGUUGGAGUGAAUCUCCAAGCUGCUGAUACUGUUAUCAUAUUCGACACUGAUUGGAAUCCUCAGGUUGACCUGCAAGCACAGGCUAGGGCUCAUCGCAUUGGUCAAAAGAGGGAUGUUCUUGUUCUGCGAUUAGAAACGGUUUGGACUGUGGAGGAACACGUCAGAGCUGCAGCAGAGCACAAACUUGGAGUUGCGAACCAGAGCAUUACUGCUGGUUUUUUUGAUAACAAUACUAGUGCAGAAGAUCGAAGAGAAUACCUGGAGUCCCUCCUAAGGGAGUCUAAAAAAGAAGAAGCUGCUCCAGUUUUAGAUGAUGAUGCUCUUAAUGAUCUCUUGGCCCGCAGUGAGUCAGAAAUCGAUGUUUUUGAAUCGAUUGACCGACGAAGGCGGGAAGAAGAGAUGGCAGCAUGGCAUAAGUUGGUACUGGAACAGGACAAAGAGAGUUCAGAUCCUUUACCUCCCAUGCCUUCUCGUCUUGUGACAGAUGAUGACUUAAAGGCAUUGUAUCAGGCCAUGCAGGUACAUGAAUUAUCUAAUGUUGGGGCAAAGAGAAAGGGCGAGUAUCUUGGAGGGCUUGAUACCCAGCACUACGGGAGGGGCAAGCGAGCAAGAGAGGUACGUUCCUACGAAGAUCAAUGGACAGAGGAGGAAUUUGAGAAGAUGUGUCAGGCUGAUUCUCCCGAGUCUCCCAAACAGAAGGAAGAAGCAUUCCCCAAACAGAAGGAAGAAACAAUCCCCAAACGGAAGGAAGAUACAAUCCCCAAACAGAAGGAAGAAUCAAUCCCCCAACAGAAGGAAGAAACAAUCUCCAAGGGCAUGGCAAUGGAUGCUAGUGCCUCAAAAUUGGGCAUAGGGAAUACAGAUCCUCCACCUUUGGCACCGCCACUGUCCACAGAAACAUCACAGCUUCCUGGCAAAGAGUUGCCACAGCCAUCCAGACGAGGGCGUGGCAGGCCAAAAAGAGCCGAAGCAGCAUCAACAGAUACUUCCCCUUCUGCAGGGGUUGUUCCUGCACCUUCUGAUGCUGCCGAAAAAUUGGACAUGGGAUCUCAAAGAAAAAUCAGUUCAAGUCCUACUGCCCCUCCUUCCACUGGUAAUUUUCCUGAUUCUGUUGCUGUCAAAGAUCUGGGUGGAACCACACUACAGGAGUUCAGCAUUGGGACUGCCCCUGGUUCAUUGAUAACUACUCCCGUCCCUUCUGUCCACAUGCAAGUUAAGGGACAAAGCAGGAAGGUUCAGAGUGGCUCAGAAGCACCUAGACGCAGGGCAAAGAAACAAAGUUUAGAAUCUCCUGCUGUUCAACCUGAAAGGAAUCUUACUCAAAUAAUGCCAAUGGAAAGAGGCAUGUCAUCAGAUAGCUCUCUAGCUUCUGUAGCUCAUGAUAAUCAAAGGGCUGUAAGACCAUCUAGCGCUACAAAUGCUCCUUAUGCCGUCAGCUCUGAAUCUAACUCCAUUUCUAGAGGCCCAAAGGAGAUGAGCAUGAUGUCGGAAAGCUCUUCCGCUUUUGUAACACAAAAGUUAGUGAGUGGACCACCUAAUACUUCAAAUGCCCCUACCAUUGUUAGUUUCGAGGUAAACCCAAUCACUGGGCUACCAAAGGUGGUUGAAUUAGUUCCAGUUCGAACCACAAUGCCAUCCUUUGCUCAGGAGAAAUACAUGAGAGUGGGACCAAGCUUUGAGAAAAAGGAGACAGAGAAAUUUCCCAUUCCUGAGACAAAAUUAGCUGAGACCUCUUCAUCCGCGAGAACGGAUUGCACAAGCUCUGUGGAGUCGAACAAGAAAGAAGGUGUGAAGGUCAGUGUACUGCCUUCUGAGCAAGAGCCCAAGGUUACCCAAUCAUCUACACCUGUGAUCUCUGCAUUGGCACAAGAUUUGAAAGAGAGGAGAUCUCUUCGUAUGGGGACCUUGGAUAAGAAAAGGUCAUCCGAAAAAACAGAAACCAUUUCCGUCCAAACUGGAACUAUACCUAAUGCCUCAAAAAUAGUGCCUAUCAGUGGCACAGUUCCUGGAAGGGCUGUGCAUGUGGACCUUCCUGUGGUCAAAGCUGUUGAAUCUGUUGCAGGACAAGAUAGUACGCGCUAUGGCAAUGCACCUGGUAUGAGCUCUCUGAAUAUGAGGAAUGAGAAACCUUCAGUCCCUGUUCCCCUACAUCAAAUGAAAUCUUCUGCUGAUAAAGCUACAUCCAAGUCACCUGCCCCAGUCAAGCGGGGCACUAAAAGAAAAGUUUUACGAGUUUCCAAUGCUAAACAAGCUGCUGUUGCAAUUAAGAGUUCACAUGUUGUAGGGACUGCAGUACCUACAGUCCAUGCUCCCAUGGUUGAUUCACAGAUCGCUGAAGGGAAUAGGAGCAGCGUGAAAUCCAUCACCAUAAAAGAUAAGCUGGAGAAUGAUUCUCAGAAAGUUGGAAUUGUUAUAGAUGACAAAGCUCGUCAAAACCUUGUGCCUGAUGUAACAUCUAACCAGAGGCCAAACUCAACAGAGAGAUCUGAUCUUUCUAUCCAGGGAAAACAGCCACCAGGUACAUCAACAUUGCAUGAGAGCACUGCCAUUUCCAUGGAUAAGAGCUCUGUAUGUGCAGAGGUCAAUGGAGAGAGAAAUUUGAUCUCUGACCAAUCCUGUGAGGUCCCUCCUCCCAUCUUGAUAUCUAGCCAGGAGCUAAUUUCAGAUCUAAAACCUGCCCAAGACAAGCAGCAUUUAACAUGUCAUCCAAUAUCUGAAUAUACCAUCAGUUCUAUGUAUAAUACUACUCCAUGUUUGAAGCCAACUGAAGUCAAAACCGAAGAAGAUUGUUGCAGUCAUAUUCCCAAUAUAUCUUACAAGAAGCUGAAGCUGACAGAGGAAUCAAAUCUUCCUGCCGAAAGUAUGCAGGGGCCAGGUACAUCAACAUUGCAGGAGAAUGUUAUCAUUUCCAUGGAGAAGAACUCAGAUUGUCUGGGAGCUAAUGCACAGAGAAAUGACUCCACUGAAAAACCUUGUAAGAUUGCUCCGCCUGACAUGGUAUCUGGUCAGGAGCCAAACUCAAAUGAGAAGUCCUUCCAUGACAAGGGACCAACAUGUCCAUCAAUGUCUGAGAAUGCUUCUUGUUCUGUAGAGAGAGAAUCUACAAUAUCAGUGGAAGCCAAAGCAUCACCUAAUGAUGAAAGCUCUCUAUCUGAAAUGCCAGAUAUACCUUCUAAUAACCUGACUGUAUCUCUAUCUGGUCAGCUUUCUCAAUCUGUCCAGCCGAUCCCCAAUCCUUCUGGUACCCAUGGUAUAGCUGGUUAUUCUGUGGGUUCCAUUAAUAUUGAGAAUACUGAUGAUGCUAAACAGCUGGGAAGAACUACUGUAUGUCAGGGUGAAGUACAGACACAUGAUAUUGCCCCAUCUAUUUCUCUAAGUGGCCAGGUUUCUGAACCUGAUGAGCAGGUCUUUGUUCCUUCUAAAAGAGAUGACAGUUCUUCUUUACUUGGUGAGAGUGAUGUACCCAAUCUAGCUAAUACCAUUGCAACUGAAUUUGCUUCUAGCCAGCUAUCUCAGACAGAUGACAAGGUCCCUAAUACUGGUAUUACUGGUAAAGCUGAUAUAGAUCAGGUCAAUCCAAAUGCUGAUGAUGCAAAUAAACCUGAAGGAGCUACAGUUCCUUGCCAAGGUGAAACAGAACAUAACACUGCCCCGUCAAUGUCUCGGAGUGGCCAGGUUCCUCCACUUGAUGACAAGGUCUAUGAUCUUCCUAGUUUUCAGGAUGCAAAUGCUGAUCCUGAUGGAUAUGCCUAUUCAGAGGAUCCUGGGGCAGAAAAUCAUUCUGAUGUUAAUUUUACUGGUGAUGAUUCUGACUUUCAGGUUGAGCCAGAGCAUGCUGAUGAUGCGAAGAAACCUGAUGAUACGAAGAAAACUGAAAGAAUUGCUGUACUCUGUCAGGGUGAAAGAAAGCAUGAUACUGGCCCAUCUAUAACUGGGAGUGACCUGGCUCCUCUCUUGGAUGAGCAGGUGUCUGAUCCUUCCAGUACUCAUGAUGCAAAUGUUGAUCCCCAUGUUUCUGCCAAUUCAGAGGAUCCCGGGGCUGAAAAUAAUUCUGAGAUGAAUGAUACGACACAUGGCCAAAUUGAGGUGUUUGAUCUACCCAAUACAACACCAAUUGAAAUCACAUCCAAUGAGCUUUGUAAGGUGGAGCAGGUCGUCGGUUUAUCUGAUGUUCAUGUUACUGGUGAUGAUUCUGACGAUCAGGUUAAGCAAGAGCAUGCUGAUGAUGCGAAGAAACCUGAAGGAAUUGCUGUACUCUGUCAGGGUGAAAGAAAGCAUGAGACUGCCCCAUCUAUAACUGGGAGUGAGCUGGCUCCUCUCUUGGAUGAGCAGGUGUCUGAUCCUUCCAGUACUCAGGAUGCAAAUGCUGAUCCCCAUGUUUCUGCCAAUUCAGAGGAUCCUGGGGCAGAAAAUAAUUCUGAGAUGAAUGAUAUGACACAUGGCCAAAUUGAGGUGUUUGAUCUACCCAAUACCGCGCCAAUUGAAAUCACAUCCAAUGAGCUUUGUAAGACAGAGGAGCAGAUCAUCAGUUUAUCUGAUGUUCAUGUUACUGCUGAUGAUUCUGACUAUCAGGUUAAGCCAGAGCAUGCUGAUGAUGGGAAGAAACCGGAAGGAACUACUACACUCUGUCAGGGUGAAAGAAAACAUGAUACUGACCCAUCUAUAAUUGGGAGUGGCCAGGUUCAUCUAGAGGGUGAGCAUGUGUCUGAUCCUUCCAGUACGCAGGAUGCAAAUGCCGAUCCCCAUGUUUCUGCCAAUUCAGAGCAUCCUGGGGUAGAAAAUAAUUCUGAGACGAAUGACACGACACAUGGCCAAAUUGAGGUUAAGCGAGAGCAUGCUGAUGAUGCGAAGAAACCUGAAGGAAUUGCUGUACUCUGUCAGGGUGAAAGAAAACAUGAUACUGCCCCAUCUGUGUCUGGGAGUGACCUGGCUCCUCUCUUGGAUGAGCAGGUGUCUGAUCCUUCCAGUACUCAGGAUGCAAAUGCCGAUCCCCAUAUUUCCGCCAAUUCAGAGGAUCCUGGGGUAGAAAAUCAUUCUGAGACAUAUGAUACCACAAAUGGCCAAAUUGAGGUUAAGCCAGAGCCCGCUGAUGAUGCGAAGAAACCUGAAGGAACUGCUGUACUUUGUCAGGAUGAAACAAAACAUGAUAGUUUUCCAUCUAUGUCUGGGAGUGGCAAGGUUCCUCGACUGGAUGAACAUGUCUCUGACCCUAUGAGCACUUAUGAUGCAUCUGCUGAUCCUGAUGGUUCUGCCAAGUCAGAGGAUCCUGGGGUAGAAAGUCCUUCUCAGAUGUAUGAUACGACACAUGGCAAAAUUGAGGUUAAGCCAGAGUGUGCUGAUGAUGAGAAGAAACCUGAAGGAGCUACUGUUCACUCUCUGGGUGAAGUACAAGAAAAGGACACUGCAUCAUCUAUGUCUGCAAGGGGCCACACACUGCAAAUAGAUGAUCAAGAUACAGAUCCUUCUACCACUCAUCAUGCAGAUGCUAGUUCUGAUGGUGCUGUGCAUUUGGAGAACUGGACUGCAUGUUAUUCAAAUCAUGACAAUUCUUCUGUACAUGGUCAGAUCGAAGCACCUGAGCUACCUAAUACUGAAAAUUUAGAGGCUCCAGGGAAAGAUGAGACCAACGAGUGCAAUAGCACUGCUAUGCCUUCUCAGAGUGAAGAAACUGAAGUACUCGAUAUUGGAAAAACUGUGUCAUCCACUCAGAUUUCUCAUUCAGAUCAGGAGAACCCCAGUUCUUAUGUCUGUGGUCCAGGAGAUGCUCAAGGUUCUAUAACUUGUGGGAAAGCUGUGUCUGCUGCACCAGGUGAUUCUGUGGGUAUGAGUAAGAUCUUUGUUCUGGAUCAGACAGUUAUGGUUGCUUCAGAUGGGGAUUCAUUUGAUCAUAAGUUGGACAUGUCUACUGAGAAUGCAGGUGAAGUCAAUGGUAUAGUUCAAGGUCCUGGGGAUCUCGGUAAAACUGAGAAUGAUGGAGAUAUUCCUGUUGAGGCACUGCCUGAACCUAGCCACGCUCCUGUUGCUUUGCAUGAAGUUCUUUCUGACGAGGAUAAAAUGAUCAGAGGAACUUCAGAAGGUGAAAACCCUAGUGUUCCGGUUGAUGGAAAGGACAAAUUAAUCAGUGAUGCUUCAGAUUUGGAUUCUUCUGAUCAUAAGUUGGACAUGUCUACUCAGAAUGAAGGUGAAGUCAAUGUUAUAGUUCAAGGUCCUGGGGAUCUCGAUGAAACUGAGAAUGAUGGAGAUAUUCCUGGUGAGGCACUGCCUGAACCUAGCCAUGCUCCUGUUGCUUUCCAUGAAGUUCUUUCUGAAGAGGAUAAAAUGAUCAGAGGAACUUCCGAAGGUGAAAACCCAAGUGUUCCAGUUGAUGGAAAGGACAAAUUAAUCAGUGGUGCUUCAGAUGGGGAUUCAUCUGAUCAUAAGUUGGACAUGUCUACUCAGAAGGCAGGGGAAGUCAACAGUGUAGUUGAAGGUCCUGGGGAUCUUGAUGAAACUGAGAAUGAUGGAGAUAUUCCUGGUGAGGCACUGCCUGAACUUAGCCACGCUCCUGUUGCUUUGCAUGGAGCUCUUUCUGAUGAGGAUAAAAUGAUCAGAGGAACUUCAGAAGGUGAAAACCCAAGUGUUCCAGUUGAGGGAAAGGACAAAUUAAUCAGUGAUACUUCAGAAGCUAAUGAUAAAAUUGAUGAAGCUGUUAGUCAAGGCCCUGUAUAUUCUGAGAAUGCUGACGAAGGUGGUGAUCAUCCUGGUAUUGUGCCUACUGAACUCGCAUCUGGCCAGGAUCACCGUGGUGAUCAGUUGGAUCUGGGUCAUGUGGCCUCUUCUGUUGAGGGAGAAACUGACGGGUUUCCUUCUGAUGAAAAAGAGGUGGUUGAAGACUGUUUAGAAUGUAGUAAUAUAAUUGAUGAGGCUGUCAGUCAAUGUCCUGUGUAUUCUGAGAAAGCUGAUGAAGGUGGAGAUCAUACUAUUGUGUCUACUCAACUCACAUCUGACCAGGAUUUCCAUGGUGAUAAAUUGGAUCGGGAAACCACAUCUGCUGAGGGUGACAGUAAAGAGGUUCCUUCUGAUGAAAAAAAAUUGGUCAGGCACACUUCAGAGGAUAAUGUUAUAAUUGAUGAGGCUGUUAGUCAAGGCCCUGGAAACUCUGAGGAAGCCGAUGAGGGUGAUUAUCCUUCUAUUAUGCCAACUGAACUCACAUCUGGCCAGGAUUCCCAUGGUGAUAAAUGGGAUUUGAUGUCCACUUCUGUUCAGGGUGAAAAUAAUGGGGUUCCUUCUGAUAAAACAGAAUUGCGCAGGGAUACUUCAGAAGCUAAUGAUACAAUUAAUGAAGCUGUUAAUCAAGGUCCUGUAUCUUCAGAGAAAGUUGAAGGUGAAGAUCAGCCUAGUAUUUUGCCAACUGAACUCGCAUCUGACCAGGAUAUACAACAUGAUGAAUUAAAUCUGAAACUCACUCCUAUUGAUGAUGAAAAUAAAGGAUGUCCUGUUUUAGAAUCUAUGCAGCCAAUUGCUGCUGCAUCUUGCAGUUUGGAUGCCCUUCCAGACGAUCAUUGUGAGAUCCAAACCCCUGCAGCAGCAGAUCAAAUCUGUACAGAUGAGCGUGACAAAAAUUUUGAGAAAGAGGUACACAGAUCAGAAUCAGAUACUUCGCAGCUAGUUUCUACAGAUCCUGGUGAGGAUCAUGUAGCUGCAGGGUGUCUAGAUUCCUCAAAAGCAGAGGAAGGUGAUGCAUUUGAUGUUUCUGUGGUCAUUAGGGUUGAUGAAAAUAACAAAGACCAGUCAUCAGAGCAUGAGGACUUAUCCUCAUCUCCUUUGCCAAGACAGGUAGAUGAAAAGAAAGACAGCAUGUCUGAGAACAUUCCAGGUGGGGUGUCAGCAGUGCUACCUGGACCAGAUGAUCAAGUGGAGUAAGGGUUAACCCUAACUUUUGUUGUAUAUAAAACACAGAUUUUUGUGUAGUGCUUAUUAACCAAAUUUUCUUUUUGGCUGUAAAUGAUAUAGUUUGGAGUACAAAUCUAAAUGGAGGCAUGGAUUUGCCAUCUGUAUUUCCUGUUAGUCUGAUCGCAUGGAACUGCCCAGCUUCUGUGAAAUGAUACUUUGUAAUUGUUGUCUCUGAAGAUCUGGUUAAUGUACUGCUCUUUCCUCCA